GGGGCCUAACUUUUAUCAAAACCAUUACCUCAUAAUGUGAAUGAACUAAAGUGUUUCACAUUAUUUUACUGAUUUUUGCACAGUCACCGCUCUCCAUCCUAUGCCAAGAUGGGCCGGCUUUUUUGAGGAAUGAGAACUCCGCUCGUCUGUAUCAAAAUCAGUAUGAAAACACAAUCAGCAUUGUGCAAUGAGGGCUGAAGAUAGCCGCACAUCCCAUCUGUCUGUGUGUAUUUGUUCUUACACAUCAAUGGCUUUUAGAAGGCAGAAGAAAUGGAUUGUAUCAGCCGGAAGCUUGAUUGAACUAACAGAGAAAAUGAAGGCCUUUAUAGAGAAAUAUGAGCAAAAUGCUGAUGGGAAAAUAGGUAUCAUUGAGCUGGUUCAAAUACUUCCCACAGAGGAAAACUUCUUGCUAUUUUUCAGACAACAGCUGAAGUCUUGUGCAGAAUUUAUGGAGGCCUGGAGAAAUUAUGAUGCUGAUCACAGUGGAUACAUAGAAUCUGAUGAACUUAAGAACUUUUUGAAAGAUCUGCUGCAGAGGGCUAAAAAACCAUAUGAUGAGAAGAAAUUAGAGGAGUACACACUGACUAAGCUGAAAAUGUUUGAUUCAAAUAAAGAUGGGAAACUAUGUCUGUCUGAAAUGGCACGGCUGUUACCAGACCAGGAAAACUUUCUAUUAAAAUUUCAGGGAGUAAAAAUGGCCAGAAAAGAGUUCAACAAGAUUUUUGAGUUAUAUGAUCAGGACAGGAACGGUUACAUGGACGAAAAUGAGCUUGACGCCCUCCUCAAAGACCUUUGUGAGAAAAACAACAAGGUUCUAGAAGUCAACAAAAUCCCGACGUAUAAGAGCGCCAUCAUGGCUCUGUCUGACGGAGGCAAGCUCUACAGAACAGAGUUGGCGCUGGUGUUGUGCGCAGAGGAGAUGUGA